CCCAAUAGUUUGUUUGGUUUCUAAAGUUUGCUACUAAGUUUUUCUAAGAGUUUGUCCGGAUCUUCCUCUGCCCUUUCUUCGCCUUGAGAGUACACGGCGUGCUGCUUUCGUUGCUAUUUAAAAUGAAUUCUCUUGCGUUAAUCGGGGAAAUAUUCUUACUUGAAUCCUUUAGUUUUGGGCUACACCGGAAGAUCCAGUUUGUUCUCGUCAGGUUGUUGCUGAGAUCCGAAGCUGGGUAAAUCGUGGUGGAGACCUUCUGUGUUUUGAGGCUUUUGGUUCGCUGGGUAGUUGACACUUUGAGCGUCUUGCGGAAGAAGCUGUGUUUUACAGCAUGUGUGCGUGUGAGUCUGGAAUCUGAUGAUAAGGCUUCUGAAGGCGAUAGUUAAUUUUGGCAAUUCAUCCUUUCUGAAGAAUUGCGUUUCUUGUUCUGAGAAUCAAAUUAGAAUGAAGUGUCUGCAAGUGCUAGAGGACGUGGGUUUGUUGUGAGAUGAAGAAAAGUUGUGGGUUAACAAGCGCUUGGAGUUCUCCUCAUAGGGUUACGUGUAGAAGGUCGUUUUGAACAGGCUCCAACAUUCAUGGUGCUACCAAUCAGUCCUCGUGAUAGAUAGAUUUCAUAUAGAGCUCUAGGGUGUAAAUUAAUCUGCUGAGCACGGAAUUGAAUGGGGGUUUAAGAUGAUCGUGAAGGUUAGCAACAAGCCCUUUUUUUGGGCUUUAAUUGCCCUCUCUAUAGGAAUUAUUAUUGCUCUUCCAAUGCUCAUCUCCCCCCAUUCUACUAUGUACUAUCUGAACCGAAUCAGCAACACUGGGGAUGCUAACGGCACCGCCCUCAGCUGGUUCUCAUGGUCAUCGUUAAGCCAAACUUAUGAUUCUACGACGAACUGCUACUCACCUCUCAAGGUGUACAUGUACGAGCUUCCACGCAAGUACAACUUAGGUUUAUUGCAGAGGGAUAACCCGGAUCAAGAGCUUCCCUGGACAAGCGAUGUCAUACCUCCCUGGAAAAUGGAAUUCGAAGUCAACAAUCAACACAGUGUAGAGUACUGGUUAAUGGUUUAUUUGUUGAGUGGUCGGGACCGUAAGAAAGGAAAUAUGGCCGCUGUGAGAGUAAAAGAUCCAGAGCAAGCAGAAGUGUUUUUUGUGCCCUUCUUCGCAUCCCUGUCAUUUAAUUCCUUUGGUCGUAACAUGGCUGCACCAAAUGCAGCGAAGGACAGAGAACUUCAAGAAGGUGUGGUGGAGAUGCUAUCUAACUCUAAAUGGUGGCAGAAAUCACAAGGCCGUGAUCAUAUCAUUGUUAUCCACCAUCCCAAUGCUUUUAGGUACUACAGAGACAUGAUGAACCAAUCAAUGUUUAUAGUUGCCGAUUUUGGUAGAUACAACCAAACAGUAGCUCGGUUGAAGAAGGAUAUUGUAGCCCCUUAUGCACAUGUUGUGCCUUCAUAUAAUGAAGACAACCCUUCCGACCCCUUUUCAGCACGCAAAACUCUUUUAUUCUUUCAAGGACGGGUCCGCCGCAAAGCUGAUGGAGUUAUUAGGGCUAAGCUUGGGAAGUUGCUGAUGAACCAAACCGAUGUUUACUACGAAGACAGCCUUGCCCGUACAGAGGCCAUUGCUAUGUCGACUCAAGGUAUGCGAUUUUCACGCUUCUGCCUUCACCCAGCUGGAGACACACCCUCAAGUUGCCGGCUCUUUGAUGCUAUUGUUAGCCAUUGUGUGCCCGUUAUAGUUAGUGACAGAAUUGAGCUUCCCUUUGAGGAUGACCUCGACUACAGUGAGUUUUCUAUAUUUUUCUCAGCUAAAGAGGCUAUCAUACCAGGCCACUUGCUGGGCACGCUGAGGUCCAUUACAAGAGAAAGAUGGUUGCAAAUGUGGAACAAACUGAAGGCUAUUUCCCACCACUUCGAGUACCAGAACCCAUCGAAGGAGGAUGAUGCUGUAAAUCUCAUCUUUAAGCAGGUGCAACGGAAAUUGCCGGGGGUCAGCCUUGAUAUCCACCGGUCUAAAAGGCUCAGAAUUCCUGACUGGUGGAGAAGGCGAAGAUGAUUAGAGCUCAGCGAAAAACUGUUUAUAAUGUUCGGUGGAAUGUAGUGAACUCACAUUCAAAUUGACAAGUAUUAUUCUUUUAAAGCCAACAGGCUAUAA